ACAGUCUUUCCCAAAGUGGGCGAUAACGCCCCCUUGUGGGCGCUGCAGGUCUCAAGGGGGGCGGUAAGACACCCAAAAAGAAAAUGGGGGCGUUGUGUUGAGGCGGGGGGGGUUGAUUUGUUAUUUUAUUUAGCUAGGCCUCUUAAACAACGACUGCAAGAGCUCUCGACUCACAACAACAACUUGUGAACAUCAACUAAUAUGAAUUAAAAGAUUGCUCAAACUCGGUUCUAUAUUUCUCUCCGCGUAGGUAGUAUAUGAACUACGCCGUAGUUCAUAUAUCUGUGCUAUUUUAUUGAAUGUAGAAAAAAUGAAAAUCAUGUCAAUCGGUCGCUCCGUUUCGUAAUGAAAGUAGACACAAACAAACAAAUGAAAAGGCAACAGACACACUUUCGCAUUUUAAUAGUUAUUAGUACUCGUAGAUAUCAAUCAUGUUUUAACAAGUUUUUGUUAAAUAGCCCGAAUUGUGCAUUCCUGUAUUAGUCGGCUGGUUCAUUGAAUACUUGUUCGGACUUGUUGAGUACCAUUGAGCGUCGAAUGAGAUAAACGAGUUUAUGCAUGUUUGUUUUAUUCCUGUCGGUGCGUGCUGCUUAAGCAUUCCUAUAUAAACAAUGUAAUAUUUAUUUUAUUUUCAUUUGUGGUUUCGCGUGCAAUAGAUGAGUAGUACUUACGCCUCCUCUACACUACUUGCGAAGUUGAACGUAUUUCUCAAAGCAAAACAAUGUCGGAAGUAAAAAAGAAGAGACGGCAAUACAGUGCGGAAUAUAUCAAAUUCGGAUUUAUUGAAAAUCCCACAAACCCGUCGUCGCCUUUGUGUCUUCUAUGUCUAAAAACAUUUUCGAAUGAAGCAAUGAAGCCUUCAAGGCUGCAAGAUCAUUUGAAUAAAAUGCAUCCAAAUAAGAAAGACAAGAAUGUAGCAUAUUUUCAAGACCUAGAGAAGAAGCAUAAUACUCAGCCAAGUGUAGCAAAACUAUUUUCGACGGCUGCUAAGCAAGAUAACGACGGACUUCGAGCUUCGUACAAUAUCUCUUUGUUAAUUGCUCAAAAAGGCAAACCACAUAACAUCGGAGAAGAGUUAAUAUUGCCAGCAAUAAAUGAAGUAAUAACUACUGUGCUUCAUAAACCGGCCGCAGAUAUUAUCCGAAAAAUUCCUUUGAGUAAUAAUUCUGUGCAAAGACGAAUUGAUGAAAUGGCUGAAAACAUUGAAGAAUCUUUGUGCGAUCACCUGAGGACAAGUCAAUUCUCAAUUCAGCUCGAUGAGUCCACUUUACCAACUAAUGAAGCAUUGUUGUUGUCUUACGUGAGGUUUAUUAAAGAUGAGAAAAUAUGUGAAGAACUAUUAUUUGCUAGAAAUUUAGAGACCGAUACAAAAGGUGAAACCAUAUUCAAUACAUUGGAAAAGUUUUGCGAUGAGAAAGGGAUUCCUUUGAAAAAUAUUAUUUCAGUUGCUACGGAUGGCGCUCCGGCUAUGACAGGGUGCCAUAAAGGCUUCAUAGCGUACUUAAAAAAUAAAAUUUCAGAUGUCCUUGCUGUACAUUGCGUUAUUCAUAGAUAACAUUUAGUAGCUAGAAACUUAAGUGAAAAACUAUUUCAAUCACUGCAAUAUGUCAUCAAAGCAGUCAAUAAAAUUCGCAACAGCUCUUUGAAUGAUAGAUUAUUUCAUCAGCUUUGUGUUACUAAUGACGAGGAUUUCAACCGUUUGUUGUUUCAUACUGAAGUUCGUUAGCUAUCAAGAGGCAAUUGUCUGACUCGAUUUUACAACCUGUUUGACUCUGUUAUAGAGUUCUUGGAAACUAAAGAUACAGAAUUGAAAGACAAGCUCAUAACAUCAAAGAAUGAUAUAGCUUACAUGACAGACCUGUAUAAAUUAUUCAACGACAUGAAUCUCACACUGCAAGACGAUAAACUAAAUUUAAUUAAAACAAAAAACGUCGUUGCUGCUUUCGCAGCCAAACUGCUUCUACACAAAAAGAAUCUGGGCAGACGUGAGUUUCACAAUUUCCCAAAUUUAUCAGUAUCAUGCAGUAACGACGAAUUGUUUGCCUACUGCCAACAUUUGGGAAACCUCCACAUUGAUUUCACCGAACGGUACCAGGACAUUUAACUUGAAAUACCAGACUGCGUGUAAGAUCCGUUUUCAAAUGUCAACACAGCAAUGUCACCUCAGCUGGAAGAAGAGCUUAUAGAAUUGACAACAAACGAGGAAAUAAAAAUCAAGUUCAAAAAUGGUUACCAAGAAUUUUGGCUACAAAAACCGAUCCCGCAAUUGUACCCUGGAUUGUGGUCAAUCGUUCAACGAUUCUUGAUAGCAUUCCCAUCGUCAUAUUUGUGUGAACGUGGAUUUAGUGCUGUGACAACACUGCUUACUAAAAAGAGAAAUCGUUUGCUUGUUACCGAACGUGGGUUGCGACUGUUCUUGAGUAAAUUGGAACCUGAUAUUAACAAACUUAUUAAACAGCAUCAGAUUCAUCCAUCACAUUAGUUUUUAUAUAAGGAUUGAUUAUUUUAGUUAUAUUUUUAAUAAAAGAUACUCUAUAUUUCAAUACCAUAAAAUUGCGUUUCAAUAAUCAUUCUUACUGGCAGGUGGAGCCCGUGAGAGUUAACUUGAGACCUAAGCACCGUUGUAUGUUACCUACUGCGCUCAGGUUUUAAGUUGCGGGUUAUAGUAAAAGUUUCCUUAAGAAUUCUCCGUUACUAAGUAUACAUUUUAUACAUAUAUAGGUCACAAUGAUUAAUUAAACUAAUUUGAAGUUAUAGUGGUUUUUAAAUAGGUGAAAAAAUGGGGGCGCUAAAAAAAUAUUUAUUCUCAAAGUGGGCAGUAGACAAAAUAAGUUUGGGAACCAUUGCUUUAGUAAGACAAUUCAAGUUACAGAGCACAAGGUUCAGUCUCGGGACCCUUACACUUUCUGGCUUAUGUGAAUGACAUGAGCUGUAUAGAAUACAGUACAUGUUACCAGUUUGCAGAUGACACUUGUUUAGUAGUAGCGGAUAAGGACCCACGAAGCCACGACCCUCAUGAUCGUUUGCAAUCUGAUUUCAACUCAUUAUUAAAGUGGUGCCACGAUUCUGGAUUAGUACUCAAUGCUAAUAAAACCAAAUUAGUGAUAAUAAAAUCGCCAUAUUUAAAAUGCUCUUAUCCUAAAAAUAUAAUUGCUCACGGUCAUAAAUGUCUGCAUGACAUUCGUACGAGGACAUGUAACUGUACUCGUAUAGAAGUGGUAGCUUCUCAAAAAUAUUUAGGACUUGAGAUAGACAGCAAAUUUAACUCGAGCAUGCAUGUUGAGCAUGUUCGUAAUAGGUUAAGGCAAUUUUUAGCUAACAUUAUAAUUCUUAAGAACCAAUACCUUUUAAAGUUGAAAUGAUGUUGUAUAAAUCCUUAGGUGAAUCAUAUAUCCAAUAUGGCCUCAGCAGUUACGGUAGGACUUCUAAAACUUAUUUCAACCAAAUAAUAUACAAUUUACAACUAAAAAUUCUUAAAAAUAUUGUGUCAUUAAAAUUACAACCAAAAUCAGGAAUCAAGGAUUUUUCAAACAUUGUAAUAUAUUACCUGUUCACACGCAAUUUUUUUUUUUUUUACUUAAAGUACAAUUUUUUUAUGAUAAAAUAAAGCAAACAAUCCAACAUCCUAUGUACACCCGAGCGAUUGCUCGAAACCGGCUUUGCACAGUAGAUGCCAACAGUACUUACGGUGAGCGGAUAACAUUUU